AUGUCUGAUAAAGAUCAGAUAAGUGCACUAGAAGUUGGCGAAUUAGACUUAUUUGUAGACAGCAUGGAACCCACUCAGAUAGAAAAUAUUGGAAGCCAAGCCUGGAUUGAAUGGCACAUAAGACUUCAGAAAUUGAAUCAACAAGCUGUACUAGAAGCGUCUACAAUGGUGGAAGAACUUACAAAAGAAACAUUGGUUUCUCAUGGAAAGUUGCCUGUACUCAUUCACGAGGCAAUUUGUAUUCAAGUAUGGCGUUUGAAAAUAUAUCCUCAAAUCUUAAAAUUGGAGCCAGCACCAGCUUACACUUUCGGGAUAUAUAUGGUGCUAUACCACGAGGCCGCAGCAGUUGGCCUGUUGGAGACCGUAUUAUUUCACGAAGAUGGAGUUCAAAGCAUUAGUGACGUUGUCAUUGAUCUCUUGCAGUACGCUGUUGAUCAACUAACCGCUUUAAUUGUUCUGAUCAACAAUGGAUAUUUAAAGCCUGUUCCUGUAAAAGAACUGGAUUUUGAAAAGGUUGUAGAAGAACUUGAAAGGCAGAAACAAGACCUUCAGUUUGACAUAAGCAUGAGGUGCAUCUCUAUUGUUCGCUAUCUGGCAGAACACAUGGAAGCUGCAGGCUUGGGAGCGUCUAUUGCAAUUAAUAUCUAUAAAAGCAAUGACGUACCUUCUAUUCUCUGUCAACUGAUACAAAUGGAACCUUGGAAAAAGUUUAACGAAAAUGGUGAACUACAGAUGUUUAAAUUUGGGCGUUGGUCGAGACCAAAUUCUGAAGAUUUGUCGCAUAUGCAUCGAAGCGAGGCGCAGCUUUGGUUGUGCUUGCGUCAACUGCUAUUAGAACCACGUCUUGAACACUAUUAUACGAUUGAAGAAUGCCGACGCACGUCGUUCUGUCGCCUGCAAGCCAAAAUGUCGGACGAGAUGAUAGAUGAAAUCCCGGUGCUGGGUGAAUUAAAGACGUUGCUUUGUCAAAUGGCAUUGGGCGAUUAUUCCUAUGGAAACAAGCGAUGCAAUGGCGUUAAAAACCCCGGAUGCGCAGCUAUUGAAGUUAUACCACAGAUAAAGGAAAGUUUACUGCGCCAAAUACACAAGCGUAUAAAGAAACUCGCGAAGAUUCAUUUAAACCAUUGCUGUAAUGAUGACACCGGGGAGUCUCACAGCAUAGCUAAAAAGCUACUAGAUUCGUAUGCGAGCGAUGUAGCUCUAGCGCUCGAUAAUGGUGGCGCUAAAUGUGCGGAUUGCGGCGAUAAAGCCAGCAAAAAAUGUUCUCGUUGUAAAACUGAAUGGUAUUGUGGAAGGGAAUGCCAAGUACAACACUGGCCGAAACACAAGAAGAUUUGCGACCAGUUCGACAAACUAAAUAAAACUGAAUAA